AUGCUCAUCGACUCCGGUUCUGAACUCUCCUUCAUUUCGGAAUCAACUGUACAUUAUCUAAAUCUAUCAAGGCAUCACUUAGCAAUUUCAAUCAUCGGAAUUGGACCAGCUAAUUCAGGCAAUACACGAGGAAUGGUUUCAAUCACUCUCAAAUCUAUUUAUUCCCCUCAAUCCAUUCUCCUUAAUGCAUACGUCCUUCCAAAAUUGUCGUCAACAAUUUCUACUGCAGAUCUUCCUUCUCCAAACUGGCCUCAUCUACAAAACAUCCAACUUGCUGAUCCAGAUUACUCAAUUCUAAUGAAAAUUUAUCUCCUUCUCGGAGCGGAUGUAUAUUCACAAAUUAUACAAUCCGAUAUUAUCAAAGGAUCUUCUCUUACACAAAUGGCUCAACUUACUAUCUUUGGUUGGGUCAUUUUGGGACUAACUUAUAUAAACUCUAACAAGGAAUACUUAUCUCAUCACUUAAUUGUGGAUCAACAUCGGGAUGAUCUUCAAAACCUUCUUACCAAAUUCGGGAUUCAAAAAGAUCUACCCAACAAGGAAAAGGAUAAACUUACCAUUCAAGAAUUGGAAUGCGAGGAGCAUUUCAAUGCCACUUACUCAAGGGAUUCAUUAGGUCGAUAUAUUGUUCGGCUUCCACUUUCUACAUCACCGAGUCAACUUGGCGACUCCUACUUCAAAGCUCAGCGGUGUCUACAACGACUUCUCAUAAGAUUCUUAAGUCAGGAAAAAUACAAGAAACUUUAUUUCUCAUUCCUUGAGAAACGUGCAAAUGAUUUUCACAUGGUUAAAGCUCCACCAAGGGAUAAUAGCCUUACAACCUAUUAUUUUCCUUAUCACGGUAUUCUCAGGGAACAAAGCACCACUACAUCGUUAAGAGUUGUGUUCAAUGGAUCCAGCCCAUCAACAACAUGUGCUUCUUUUAACUCAAUUUCUCACACUGGUGCCAAAUUACAAAAGGAUAUCUCUGAUGUGUUACUGUGGAAAACCUCUUAUCAACUCACCACGGUAACAUAUGGUACAAAAUCGGCAUCAUUCCUGGCUGUAAGGGUACUAUUACAACUCAUCCAAGACGAAGGACAUCGAUUUCCUCUGGCAGUACCUGUACUUCUCAAUAAUCGGUACGUGGACGACAUUUAUGGUGGGGCUGAUGAAUUAAUACAACUCAAGAACAUCGCAAAGGAACUCAUGGAACUUCUCAUCUCUGGAAAGGGCAGCACCAAUCACUCUCAUUUAAUCGAUCAUACUCAAACCAAGGUUCUAGGUCUCUCAUGGUUUCCAAGGUCGGAUCAAUUCAAAUUUCUAACUGAGACAACUACACCACUGGAUCAAGGAAAAUCAAAAAGGUCUAUUCUCUCCGAGGUAUCUCAGUUGUUUGAUCCUCUCGGAUUUCUAUUUCCCGUCAUCAUCCGAGCCAAAAUGUUACUGCAGGAACUUUGGCUCAACAAGUUGGGUUGGGACGACCCGCUCAACUUCCGCAAAUCUCAAUUUCACUUCGACUUCUACAACGGAACUUCACGGAUUCUCGGAAUCAUCUCAAUUGGUUCCAGUAUUCAUGUGAACAGACUCAUCGGUAGCUCUCACUUGGAUCAACAACCCUCAAGAUGGAAGGAAUAUGUACGCAACAGGGUGUCUUCAAUCCACGAUCUCGUCCCUCAAGGUCAAUGGUUUAUAAGAGGAAUAGAAAAUCCUGCUGAUUGUGCAUCAAGCGGCCUAUCAGCUCAGCAAUUUUCUCAACAUCAACUCUGGUGGAACAGUCCAUCCUGGCUUAAGAACUCUAAGGAAAAAUGGCUAACUCCAACUCUAAAGUCGGACUCCUCAGCACAAGUCGAAGAAAGACCCGAAACCACACUCACGGUUACAAUCUCACAUCACGCAUCAUUGGAUUUAAUCGAGAAGUGCUCAUCCUUUUACAAAUUGCUAAAAAUCACAGCAAUUUGUUUCAGGUUCAUCGGUGUUCUCAUAAGGAUUCCAAACUCUCCUUUGGUGCAUCCCAUUGGACCGAAAGAUCUUGCUCUCGCAAGGAUUGCUUGGGUAAAAAUUACUCAAGCAGCGUAUUUUCAAACAGAUAUCAGGAAUCUCAAUCAAGGUAUCAGUUUCUCACGAUCUCAUGCAUUCUCGAAACUCAACCCAUUUAUUGAUCAACAAGGAAUUUUUCGAGUCAGAGGUCGGCUCAAAAAUUCAAGCUUGGACUUCGACAACAAACAUCCUGCUAUCUUGCCCAAGGAUUCUCCUUUUACUUGGUUCAUCAUCGAAGAAGCUCACUUAAGGACAUUUCAAGGUGGGAAACAACUCACCUUGGCUCACAUCAGAGAAUCUUAUUGGAUCAUCGGAGGAAGGCUACCAGUAAGAUCAUUCAUCCUCAAAUGUGUCCCCUGUGCUCGACAAAGAGGGUCUCGAGCACAGCAGCUGAUGGGUCAGCUGCCCUUAGAACGUGUUUCUCCAGCAAGGCCAUUUCUCACUACCGGGGUUGAUUAUGCUGGACAAAUCACCCUCAAAAUUUGGAAAGGACGUAGAGCAAAAAUCAAAAAAGGAUGGAUUUGUGUUUUUGUGUGCUUCUCAUCAUCUGCUCUACAUCUGGAAAUAUUUUCAGAUUAUACCUCAGAAGGAUUUCUCGCAGCAUAUCGACAAUUCGUUUCCAGAAGAGGAAUUUGUCAGACACUCUACAGCGAUUGUGGCACCAAUUUCAUCGGUGCUGAUCAAGUUCUCAAACGACUUUUCAAGGGUGCAUUUCAAGAUUCGAAGGAACUCGCUCAAUUGCUGACCAAGGACGGUACUCUCUGGAAAUUUAACCCUCCAGCAGCUCCACACAUGGUACCAAGUUCAAGAUUAACCAGGUGGAAAUUAAUUCAGCAGCAGUUCCAGUCUUUCUGGUCAAGGUGGUCCACUGGUUACCUUCAACAACAACUUGCCAUCUCAAAGUGGCAUCAUCCAUCUCAUGAAAUCAAGGUCGGCUCCAUGGUUCUGCUCACUGACGAGAGGUUUCCUCCCUUAAAAUGGCCUUUGGCCAGGGUCACUGAAUUACACCCUGUCGAAGAUGGACUCACAAGGGUAGUUUCAAUUAAAACUGCAACGUCACUACUCAAGCGGCCUAUCUCCAAAUUGGAGGUGCUCCCUGUCUCCGUGGAAUAA